AGGGAAGAUCAAGCCUGUGAAUGAGACCAGGUCAGGAGACACUUUUUCCAAGAAAUUCUAGAGUGCAGGGAGGUGCCAGAAUGUGAAAACUCUUUUCAAGUUGGAUUGAUAUCACCCUUUCCCCUAUCAACAAAACAAUGGGAAGAAAGAUGGCAGAGCACGAGCCCACACCAGAACAACUGCACCAGAUUGCUGCUGAGAAUCAAGAUGAGGAGCAUUCUGUUGACUACAAACCGCCAGCCCAGAAAAGUAUUAAAGAAAUUCAAGAGCUCGACCAAGAUGAUGAAAGUUUGCGGAAGUACAAAGAGGCAUUGCUAGGAUCCUUGCCUUCAAGUGCUGAUCCUGAAGCUUCUAAUGUGGUGGUAACCAAACUGACUCUGUUGUGUGAUUGUGCCCCUGGUCCCCUGGAAUUGGACCUGACAGGUGACUUGGAGAAAUUUAAGAAACAGUCAUUUACCCUGAAGGAAGGUGUUGAGUAUAGAAUUAAAAUCAGCUUCAAGGUAAACAAGGAGAUAGUAUCAGGACUAAGAUACCAGCAGCAGACGUACAGGAAAGGUGUGAGAUUGGAUCGGACAAGGUACAUGGUUGGUAGCUAUGGGCCCCGUGUGGAUGAAUAUGAGUUUCUCACCCCAAUAGAAGAAGCUCCCAAUGGCAUGUUGGCCAGAGGCUGUUACAACAUAAAAUCUCUAUUCACCGAUGAUGAUAAAUCCAACCACCUUUCCUGGGAGUGGAACCUGCAUAUCAAAAAUGAUUGGAAAAGCUAGAUCUGCCAUGAAGUGGCCUCCUGUUGUUUAUUAUACAUUCACUCUCUAGCUCUCUGAGAAGUGCUGCCAGAAUAUAUUCCAACUAUAUACAGUAUAAUGUGGUGUCCUCCCCAUGUUUCCCCUGCCUUCAUAUUUAUAUUUUUGCCUUCCAUUCGUGAUUUUUUUUCUGCCAUACCCUGCUCUGCCUUCCUGUAUUAUUUGCACUGCAGGAUGUUUUCCAGCAGAGGGGGUAGGCCUGUCAGCCCAUUUAGUGUAAUAGUCCCCCUACUCUCAAACUAGCAGUCCCAGCUUAGCAAACUACAACUGCUCUGUACCAGGAAUGUAUGAUUUAGAGCACAGAGGCCCUUGUUGUUGCUUGCUUUCUGUUUGAUCCAUGUCAUGUUUUCCUCGUCUGCUGCUUGUCUUAAAGGGGAACUGUCACUAUUAUAAAAAAAAUCUGUAGUGGGUGUUAAAAAGAAAGAAAACUUCACAAUUAUUAUUAUAGUAAUUUUUUGACAGUUCCUUAACCAAAACUUUUCUUCUUCUUUAGGACAUUUUAACCCAUAUUAUUUAAUUAUUUUCUGGUUACCAUGUUGCCUUAUUCAUUGUGCAUUAGUUACUAAGGGGUAGUGUCAUUUUUAACUCUUCCCAAAAAAAGUGUGUCUCUUUCUUUGUAACUACCCCCUUCCCCAUAUUAUAUAAAGCCAUCUGUACCCUCACCAGAUGACAGGGUUCACACCAUGGCACUUAAGGUUGAAAAAUAGGGUUCUUGAUGAACAUAAUCUUUUGCCUGUUAUUUUAAUUGUGUAUGUUUUUAUUUAUAUUUGCUCUUUAGAGCAGCUCAUUGUAGAGGGCUUUUAACAAAAUCUGUGUGGACUGCUUGUUUAGAUUGUGCUCAUAUGAAUCUGGAGAAUGUAAUUUUAAUUUCAGAUUUUGCAUCAAUAUGGCAAAAGCAUGUUCAUCACAAGCCCUUUUCAGUGAAUUAAUGUUGCAAAAGGGGUAUAUGUACCCUUUAGUGUAUGUAACAUUUGAAAGCUUGAUUAUUUCUACUCUUGAGCAGAAUGUGUAAGACCAAACAACAGCCUGUGCAGGUUGUCACAACGUUGGCUAGAGAGAAAUGCACAUGUAUAGAUGAAUGUCAGAAGCUUCUCAGAUAUGGCUGCCUUACAUCCAGGGAAGAGGACUUGCCCUUGGAUUAUCCAUAUUUAUUCUUUUGUUAACUGGUUCUUUUAUUGUUCAUGACUUCACCAUUCCAUCCUGAGAACAAAUAGUCAAUCAUAGACCAAAGCUGGCCAUCUAUACCAGCUCUGGACAUGUAUGCCCCAUAGGAGGGCUGUUUAGACCCAUAAUCAUGUGAUUAUGGGUUUAAAUUAUCAGUCCUGACAGAAAGUGUGUAUUUGCUGUCCAAAAGGAAGUCAAGAGAAGCCACAGCUCUGCAACUAAUUUUUACUUCUUGCAAUUCCGAUUGUUUGGGCAGCUAGCCCAAACAGAACAUACAAAGGUGGACGUACCUUGUAUAGUAUCUGUGCUUUAGCCCAUGGUCUGGUCAGUGCAAGUACCAUAAAAGCUUGGGCUUUUGUAUAGCCACCUUAAAGAGCCUUUAGGUUGGUGAUAACUCCCUGCUCAUCUCCCAAAAGGAAAGAGUGUUCUAUUUGUUUUAAUGUAGUAUGUUAAUUCUUCCCAUUUCAGAUCAGCAUGAAUUAAUUCAUCAUUGCCUUUAAUUUUUAAGACAAAUAAAGCAUUCCAACUGGC